CUAGUAAUUUAGUAUCUCAAUUGACAAGGGAUGAUUCUGUUUCAACUAAAUUACGAGAAAAUCAAUGGAAAUUAGGUGGAAAGACUAGUAACAGCAUAGUUAGUGCAAAAAAUACUUCAG